UAUAUCCUCUUGAAUUUUUAUUUACUCUACAAAGGGGGUUGAAUAUUAAUUAAAUCAGUGAUCAUAUUAUACUGAUUAUUUUGCUAAUCUAGCAUCCCCCGAUUUAUAAACAUCCAUAAUUUUUAAUUGAAUCUCUUACCUAGGUGCGUAUUUUUUGCUCGACUGGAUAAAUUAGAGUGAUCAUUGUUACCGAUACUUCACAGAUCAUUUGAUUUAACUAAUAAUUGCAGCAAUCAGUUGAAUUUGUUCAGCCAGUCAGCCGUUGCGGCGGGAGUGCUGGCUUAUUUCCAGUUCCUUGUUCUAUUCCAGCAGUUGGCCGACAGUCCACAUUUGGACGUGGAUAAGAGUGGUGCUGCCGUUGCCCGAUCGGAGUUCACUUGCCCUUCAGGUGUUCAUAAGAAGGCUCAGUAAUUUUCCCAUGGAUUUCUCGUGUAUAAUUCGUAACUGGGAGUGAUGUUAUAAAGUUUUUACUGUGAAAAAUAUUUAAUUACAUUUAUUUUGUGAUCCAACGAAAAUAUUUUUUACUCCCUUUUGGUUGGUGUGUGAGUUGUUUCGGUUCAAUACUUCUCGGUGGCCAAGUAUUUGUCGACCUGUGAAGGCCUACAGCUAACAGCUUGAGUCAGAUCGUUCAAUUUCAAGUUAUUAAUCUGUGUGAAUAUUCUGUAUGAUAAUAAAAGUUGGAGGUUGUGUGGAAAACGUGUUUUUUUACUUGCGUUUAACAUAGAGAAACAUAGAUCGUCCUGCCCGUGACCUGCAGUGGCCCUGCUUGAUCUGCCAUGCUUCCAUAUUAGACUCGUCUCCCCUGAUAAUGAGGAGGAUAACAUCACUCCAGGAUCCCCUCACCCCAACAAACAUCGCAACCCUCGACCGCAACGCCUCCCCUUUUUGCCCCUUCUUCCCUCGCACUGUCAGCCACCUCCUCUCAGGGGCUGACGUGUGUAUCCACCUGGGCUAUUCUUAGCACGAAUCCCAUCAGUCUCUUUAAUCCCCAUCGUUAACGCGUUACUCUUUCUUUCCCGCGUCUUUGUACCAACCGUUUUUUCCCCAAUAAUUGUUAUAGCAAACGUGGAGUAUCGUGAGUCCGAGGCAGUACUUGACGUGCCAAUUCCUGACAUGUGGUUUGUAAAGCUCACGUUGCGCCGAAUGACUUUACUCCUGGAUUGGUUCUUGUCGACUUAAUUUAGCGACCCCAUAAUGACCGGGUCAAAAGAGGUUUUUGAAAUUAUUAAAUUUUAAAUUUUCAAAUUAUUACAUUGAAUUGAAUUAUCGUCCACGUCACCACAUAUUUGCUAAGUCGCCACUCCCUUGCAAUCCCUCUUCUCUCUUCACUUCCCCUCACUAUGAGGGUUGGUCUCAUCAAAGCUCAAGUGAACGCAGGCUCGCAAGAAUGUCACUAAUGCUCGGAGGCCACUCCUGGUGGGGGCCUGGAGGAACAGGAGGAGGCGGCAGCUCCGGCAAAAGCGCCGUGCAGCUCCUCCAGGAGAGCAAAUCACAGUACGUCAAGAGUGACCAGGUACUUGGGUCAUCCCAGCGUCCUGCAAGGCCUGACCGUUUCCACAUUUCUUCUAAUCCAAACAUCUUCCUCCAUGCGUCCGCACAUACGCUCCAUGCGACGCGGCUCUCGCCAGAUCCUCUUCGUCGGUUACCGGCCCCUGAAGAGGCCAAAGCUGUGUCACCUCCAAAAACCAUAGCAACUCUCACGCCCUCCGCUCUAGCGGAACAUACCAAUAAGAGCUUCUCGGCAGCGCCGGUACGAAUACAACGUGGGGCUCCUCGACCGCGAGCUAAAACGCAACCCAUCAGUGACCCGUUUUUGCGGGGUGGUGACCUUCGACGAUCCCUUUCCCAUGGUCCUGCAGACCGAGGGGUAACAGGGGGCGAAGAUAUUCAAAUGAAACUCAGGAAACUUUUGGACGUGGGAUCCAAGGAGAAACUUUGCCAAGAAUCGCUUUUUACCGAUAAAGUAAGUCCUUUAACAAAGACCGAAGUCACUUGUGGCACAGGCACAUUCAGGGCCGAGCCCGCUAAAGUCACUGUCCACAAAUCCUUGCCCGACUUAUGGCGAACAUCCGUGUCGACUGUGGACAGUGAAUCGGACGUGGAUGGCGCUUUGCCGGACAAAAGAAGACCGUCAUGCCCCAGUGCCAUCUCAAUAAAUAAAGAAGCCAUUUUAAAUACGAAGUUUAAAUCCAAUGUUCCUGCUCAACCCCCUCCAGUUCCUCCCAGAAAGUUUCGUGAUGUAAUCAGACCCUUACCAAAGCUUCCAAAGGAACCUCCCGAAGUCCCAAAAAGGCCGACAGUCCGAAUUUCACCUCCCCAAAUCCCUCCUAGAUUACGGCCGACAUCAGGUGCUGAAAUUAAAAAAGCAGACGGAGUCUUGGCGCCUUCUGCCGAAGGAAAUGGACGCCGAUCAUCGGACAGUGACGUUUCUGUUGCAGGAGGAAGCGAUGAAAUGCGGCGUCGCCCGAUCCUUCGGUCCAAAUCGGAUAUCACUCACGAAAGGUGCGUUUUUGGAGGGAAGGACGAGGUGGAUGGUAGCCCCCUGCCUAGUUUAAGCGGAGAGGAUUUGGAAGAAUUUUUUGAAAGCAUGGGUAUGGAUGAAGACACUUUCGCGGAAAUCAUGAAGCCUCAAGAAGCCUCCCCGACGGAAUAUUUUGACGAAAAAUCGUCUGAAGAUUCAAUACCGCAUCGUUGUAGCUCAGACGACGAAGGACAGCCGCAACCCGCCAUCAUCAGGCCCGGGGAGCCUUCCAUCAUUGAGAAAAAUGCUAGGAUAAUCAAAUGGCUUUUUACCUGUCAGAGAGCGCAGGGAAGUCUUGCUCAACGACCUACGACGAAAUCAUCUUAAAUGAUAUCUACGACAGUCUUUCUUACCUGCUACUUUUCUUCUUUAUGAAGAUGCAUGUGUAGUCUUUCUUCGUGUACUCUGUCGAUAUUUUAAAAUAUAUGUUCCUUUUGGUCUCUCUGCUUUAAAAUUCGUUUCUUAAUUUUAAGAAUCUGUUGCUUAUCAUAAGUUAUGUUAUUAAAGUGAGGAGAUGAAAUGUUGGAAGUGAUCAAGCUCGCAUCGUUUCAUGUUGAGGUUUGCAGUCAUUAGAGAAUAUAUAACGAUUGUCGUAUGUUGUUACGUAACGUUCAAUGAUGGCUGAUCACUCAUUGACACUCCUAUCCUUGUUAGUUGAACGUACUAAUUUUACGAAUACAUCUCAGCCUAAAUUGCCAUUUAUGUGUAUAUUUUUGCGUAGUUUUCGCCCUCUGUUGGCAAUGAAAAAUAUGCUGGUCUAAAUAGUAUAUUAGUAUGAAGCCUGGCCAUUUUUAAUUAUAAAUUUUUACUUGCCUCCUGCUGCUGAGUUUAAGAUGAAGAGGCGACCCUAGAAUCAACGAACGUUUUUGGCAUUGAUCAGCACGACACUUGAGACUGACUUGCAAAUUUCAGGAACUGCGACUCGAAUUGCGCAUCCAAAGAUAAUCAUUUAAAGGUUCAUACGGGUUUCCUGGCGUAUUUUGUUUCUGAAUCCACUGUGUUUGUGAAGUAAUGAUGAUUUUAAAAUGUAGAUGUGCUAAUAAUUUCUUCAGGAUUAGUGAUUUUUAUUUGCCCCUUGAAAUUCGUUAAUUAAAUGCCUCGGGCACGGAUCUGCUGAAUUGAUCGGUUCAAACAUAAUAUUAUAUUUUGUCGAUUUGAAAAAUAGAUUAAUCAAUUUCGUAGCUAUGCGCACAAGUUUGACGCUGGAUUGGUGCAGUUUAUGUUCGUUUUUAAUACGCUGAGGAUAUAGUUGAUUUUAAUCCACUUGAGCUAGUGCACGCUCAUUUACAAGAACUUAUGAGCAAUUUUCCUCUCAGUUCUACGACGAGUCUCAAUCUUUGCAGUUUCAGGGAGUUUUUCUCGUUUCAGUCAUAAAUUUACAGAAACGUAAAUCACUAUGUGUCAUUUAAUAUUUAUUCACUUACAGGAACUCUACGCACCUCUCUUCAUAGAACGUUAUGUCUUACAGCUAGUGCAUGCCUGCACAGAAAAUACGGUAUACGUAUUAUUUCCCGAGCGCACUUCUCACGCAGUCCCCCGCGUAUAGGCAACGUAGUGAGCAGUCGAGUGAGUAUAUUCGUAGUGUCUGUAGCUUGUUACAUUUGGCCCCCAGUGGCUGGAACUAAAGAGUAGUUUUCUUUAAAGCCAAAGAGUGAAGAAGAUGGGUUAAAUUUAGUGUAAAUUUGGGAAAAUGGUUAAUUUUGGUUUAAAAAUACAUUGAAUUGAAACGGGUAUUUUAAUUUAGCUCCAGGAGCAUCCGAUUGAACUUCCCUCCACGUUUCAUAACCGUAUCUGCAUACUAAAUUUGUAGCCGAAUCAAUUUAAUAACUUCGUCUCAUAACCAGCUUUCUAAUGCUACUCGUUCAAUCGAGUGUACCGUACACGAAAGAGUAAUGCCAUUUCUUUGAAGUAUUAUUUCCUUGGGUACUAUAAUGUGAGCCGUCAAAACACGAAUGGUCUAUGGGAAAAUUGACGCUCAAGCGAACUGUAUCGGUUGAAUUAAUUCUUCGGUUGUUGUUGUUCAAGGACUAUUAUAAAUAUACCCAACAUAAUUGUUGAGCACUUUCACUCUAUUCUCGUCGCACUCAGUUCCUAAUGAACCCUAUAGAAAUGCACGAUGUUAAAAGUGUCAAAGUUUGUUCGCGUAUAAAUGGUUUUCAUUACUUUUAGACGCACCAGUGCAGGCUAUAGAUAGGUACCUUUAUCUAUAGAGGCCGCUAGCCUGGAGCGGCUUGAGUAAAGGUGAUCAAGAUAAACUUGAACGACCGAGUUCAGUUUGCAGGAGCGCAUUGUGAUUACCGCCCCUUGUUUUGGGGUCGUCCGAGUCCCUAUCAGCGUAAACCAGAAGCAGGAUGUGCCACUUCCUCUGGUCUUAUUUAAAAGCCUGGUGAGCUAACGCAGUUUUUGGGCUAGUAAAUUAGGCUUUAAAAUUAGAGGAAACUGCGGCUAGUGUGUCCAGUCUUGCGGCCUCGCGUGUGCUGUUGCUGCUGCUCUGACAUGUCCAGUGGAGCGCGUGGAUCAAUUGGACACGUUCCAAACUCGUCGUGGACAAUAAUAUGUCAUUUGGCUGAUAUUGUUACAGAACGAAGUUUCAUUGUUACGGAUUGUUGAUUAUUUAUGGUGGCGCUCUAUCCGAGGAAACGGAUUUUAAUGGAAAAUAUAUGCCUUUGCUAAAGGCCAAGAAUUAUGGAUUAUAUAAAGUGAACGAAAAAGUUUGAGCAUAAUUUAGGUUUGAAGAAAUAAAAUUUUUAAGAUACCGUUGCAUUUUUCCCGAUAAGCUCUUUUAUCUUUAUUAGCUGGAAUAUUCAUUGCACCGCGGCGUGCCCUGGGGCCAGAACCACGUACCAGUGUUAAUUUAAUAUUUUUCAGGAGGUGCGUGUAUCGACACUAUCACUGUACACGCAUUGACAGUUGCUUAUAUUAUGACAUCGCGUUCUUCGCCAGCUCAUGAAUUAAUCUCUGCUGCAACGUAUUUUUAAAAUUUAUUUUAGCCUGCAUUUAUUUAAAGUAUUUUUUGCAUUUGUUUGCAUUUCUUAGUAAAAUUCAUACUACAUGCCACCUCUCCAUGAUAAUUAGGUAUUCGUUAUUGAGGCUCAGAGAAGGGCUCUAAUUACUUACUGUGUAGCGCUAGUCCUAGAGUUUAGUAGCGUUAAGGUCUUUGUGUAUUUUAGUUAAUUUUCCCAGUGAUUUUAUAGAUAUUCACGUUAUUGCUGUUCGUUUUUAAAAGGUUUAGCAAUAAAUUGUCAGAAUAUUAUGGUCGAUUUAUUAUUGAAAUGCUAGUGGCAGAGUCUUGGAACAAGCUUGGAGUGUUAUAGGUUUUUUUUAUAUAAUAACCUUUUUGUGCAUAAGGAAAGGGUGACGCAGCUCCUGCCCAGUUGUGUAUCAAAAUUACAUAGUUCAAUUAAGGUUUCAUUGAAUUGCUCCAUGAAAUAGGUUUGUGCUUUUCUGAAUUAUCUGAAUUAUUAAUUUCAUUUCUGUGAAUCUCUCAAUUCAAAUUAGUGUUUGUUUGUUUUUUUUUUGCCUUAAGACUCGUAUUCUAAAAAGGAAUUUCUUGCAUAAAAAGCGACAUCUACUUUGUACUUUUUUUUAAUUUUCCUUUGAUUUUUAUGUUGAUGGUUCAGCCCUGCGAUCUACAAACAUUCUUUUCAAGUGAAAAUGUUUCUGAGCAUCGAUUUCUUCCAGUCACCAUUGUGCACUUCAAUUGUUAUGUCUCGCCUUUAUUGAUGUUUUUAUAUUCUUGAUAAUGUCUGUUUUUAUUGCAAACUGUGUGCUUGUAAGAAUAUCUGACCAUUGAUGUAUAUCUCCCUAUUCCGACCUUGGUGAAAUUUUUCAACGUGUCCGCUUGCAUUAUAGUCACUGCACCCAACGGGUUGACAAAAAUUUUUUUAUUUUAUUCAUUUACCAAUCUGAUCUUAUUGGGUCGUAAACUUGCGUUAUAUUUUAUUUUAUGUUCAGCCAGAUCUGUCAUUACAGUCGUAUAUUUCCAACCACUAUCAACUGUUAAAUCAAUUGAAUUACAAAGAGCGUCCUAGACAGUGAGAACCGUUGAUGUACCAUUUGGGAGAACGUGGUUCCUUUUUGGUUCGAUGUAGAACCUAAAUAAACCAGUCAUUGUUAUUAGAGAUGAGUAUUGAGUGUAAAUCGUUUGUUGUCGAGAUCGCUGGAUAUCGUUUAAUCGAAUGAGAAAGUCAAGUUAAGAGUAUUUUGAUGUUGUUUGGCUUUAGGAAGACUCGACAGGAGUUGAACUAGUGUUUGAGCUUUAUAAACUAGCGUAGAAUCGGUUGAUUCUGUAUCGAUGUUAUCUCGUGUGGUGUUCGUGUCUUUAUACUUCAUAUUACAAUUGAGAACAUUAAG